CCAAAAUUGACUUCUUACCGAAAAGUGCUAUAGAACAUAAUAAGAAUGGCUUGCGAGGCACGAUUAACCAAUGAAUUAAUAGAUUGGAUAUUAUUGAAAGAAGAUUUGAAAUAUUUGCCAACUGAAAUAGAAGUACACUUAGCAUCUAUUAUUGAUGUAUUAAGAAAAUUUAGCAUAGACAAAUUCGAGAAGACAAAAUGGAUAAAAAAAUUUUUAAUUACAAUAGAAGCUUGCUUAGAUCGUACCUGGCAAAUAUUAAAUUCGGGCCAUUGGAAAGAUGUUCCAAUAUCGUAUAGAUAUAGUUAUUCUUUUUGUAGUCUCAUAAAGGUAAUACUGUUAGAAAUAGAACAUGAACAAAAUGAAGAAAAAUCAUCAGAUACAGAGAUACAAGUAUUGCAAGAAAUUAUUCAACAAAUUGAUAAAGGUAUAUUAUUAGGUGCUCCUUUACCUAACGAGCCAUCAUUACUAACAUCAAUUGCUUCCAAAAUAAAUAAUUAUUAUAGUAAAUUUGUGAGAACACUUAAUGUAAAAAAGAUAGAAAUUGAUUAUAGUAAAGUUUCUCAAUCGUUGCUUCCUGAAUUUGUACAAGUUAAUCGAUACAAGGUACCUUCUAUGGAAUUAUUUUAUAAAGACAUCUUUAUACCAAAAAUUCCAGUCAUAAUAACAGAUUCUAUGAAGCAUUGGAAUGCUUUACAUUUAUGGCAAGAUAUUGAUUAUUUGAAUAAAAUCGCAGGAAGUCGUACGGUGCCUAUUGAAAUAGGAUCUCGAUAUACAGAGGAAGAUUGGAGUCAAAGUUUAAUUACAUUUUCAGAAUUUUUACAAUCGCAUAUAAUUAAGGCGACCCAAAAAGUUGGUUAUUUGGCUCAACAUCAGCUUUUUGAUCAGAUACCAGAAUUACAAAAUGAUAUCGUCAUACCAGACUAUUGUUCGUUUUCUGAUAAAGAAGAUGUAGAAGUUGAGCCACCAGAUAUAAAUGCAUGGUUUGGACCAGCUGGAACUGUGUCACCAUUACAUUUUGAUAUAAAAAAUAAUUUAUUGUGUCAGGUAUUCGGUUAUAAAAGAAUAUUUUUAUAUAAUCCAUCUGAUUCCAUAAAUUUAUAUCCAUAUGAUACAAAAUUACUUUAUAACACAGCACAAGUAGAUCCUCUCAAACCUGAUUACAUAAAAUGGCCAGAUUUUAAAAAGGCCAAAGGUUUUAUGUGUUAUUUAGGACCAGGUGAAAUGUUAUAUAUUCCACCUAAAUGGUGGCAUCAUGUAACUGCACUCACAACAAGUUUUUCAGUCAGUUUUUGGUGGACUUAGAUACUUCACAAUUUUAAUCAAAGUUUUAAUCAUAAAUAUUGCACAUCUCUUGCGUUUAAAUAAAUAUUAAAAAUGUUAUAUAAAAUAUCUCUUUGUGUGUGUGUGUGUAAUUAUUAUAUUUUUAACAAUUAAAAAUAUGUCAAAAUUAAUAAUAUAGUUCAUAUGCGUAAAAAUAUAAGUCGACGUAUCGUUAACUUAUAUCUACUUUGUCAAAUUACUGUUAUUCAGUAGUAAUCCACGUUCGUUAUUAAAAUAUAAGUUUUAAAAGAGAAUAUUUGUUGAAUAUGACAACUAUUACAUCAUGUUUGACAAUGAUUAAACCAUUGCUUAAUACACUGAAACAUAUAUUAUUUCUAUUUAGAAUAUUUUUAAUAUGUCAUUAUUAUAUAGCUAUAUUUAUUUAUUAUUAUUAAGUAUAAUGACUAAUAUUAUAUAUCAUACCAUUUUAUAAAAUUUAUGUCCACAUUCUAAUAAAUAAGCACGAUAAUGUAAUAUAUUGAAACUAUCUAUAUAUAUGUGGACAAAUUAGAUUCAUUAUAAAUAAAUAAUUGAUUUCAUUAUUGAUUUAACA